AUGAUUGUUCUCAAAGACAUUGUGCCUGCUGCUCAAAACAACAUAGACACUAAAUUUAUAUUCUUGGAGAAAGGGAAGACAACACUUGAAGGGCAAAAUAAAGUGUGUUUGGCGCUUGUAGCUGAUGAGACUGCAGCGGUUCAUGUUCAGCUUUGGGGAGAUGAGUGCGAUGCUUUUGAUUCAAGUGAUAUAAUUUAUCUAACCAAUGGCAUAUUUUCCUACCAGCACGGCAACCUUAUCUUAAGGGCGGGUAAGAGAGGGAAGUUAGAGAAGAUAGGAGAGUUUACUAUGUCCUAUGUUGAGACACCAAACAUGAGUGAGAUUCAUUGGGUUCGAGAUUCAACAAAUUCUAAGUAUAUGCAGGAGCGUGUAAUAUCUCCCCAUUCACGCAUUUUCCCUCCAAUUUUGUAG